AUGGCAUUUGUAUUUUAAGCUGAAAGAACAGAUAUACUAUAGUAGAGUGGUGUUUCACAAGACGUAUGAUGAAAUUGAAAAGCUGUAGAUUGGACCUGGUAGCUAUAUAACACAUGAAUAUUAUAAGGUAAAAUAAGGAAAUGCUCCUUUUGAUUCAUCUGUUAGUAGGAGUGAAAGAAAUAAGAAUGAAAAUAUUCCUGGGCCUGGUAGCUACUAUUAAGAUAAUGAAUAUGAUAAGUAUUAAUGUAUCCUAUCAAGUAUCACAUAUGGAAGAUAGCAUUCACCUAAACAAAUGAAGUUAUCUGAUAAAUAAUAGCAAUCGUUUAUAUUUGCAUCAUCAUCAAAGCGUUUUGAGGCACCAAAAGUAUUUAUGACACCAGGGUAAUUAAUAUAAUAGAUGAUUUAGACCUGGAGCAUAUGAAACAGAUGUAGUUAUAAAUAAACCAAUUCAGUAAUAGUUUACAUCUUAAAAUUAUAUGGAAAUUUUGAGAAGUUUGAAUAAAUAUUAAUCAAUCCCUUCAAUUCCAACUGAUAAUUAGGUUUACGGUUACACAGAGAAAGGAGGUAUUUUUGGUUAUUAACAGAAUAGUACAUGAUUUGGAAUCUAAUUAAAAUCCUGAUGAUACUUACUCAGGAAUUAAGUAAGAUACUGUUGGACCUGGAAAGUAUGAAAUAAAAGAUACAUUUGAAUAAAAUAGAAAUAAAGGUCCUUGUUGGCAUAAAUCAAAAAUACCGCGAUUUGAUCCUUCAAUCUCAAAAGAUAUGAAUUAGAAAGUGGGUCCUGGCAGUUAUAAUUACAGCAACUCAAUCACUCCAAUAUACAAAUUAAGUCCAUCUGGGAAUUUUAAAUCUAAAUCCAGUCGAACUUUUGAUAAUACAAAAGGUGAAAAGUAAAAAUAGUUUAUGAAAAUCUAUUUCGAUAAAUAAAAAGAGAAACUAAUGAGAAAUCCUGGAUACUCUGACUUAGAAGAUGAAGAAUUCGAAUUAUCUGAUGUGAAUAAUAAUUAAAUAUAUUUUAGAUUACUACUCCUGGUCCUGGUCAUUACUUUGGAAACACUUCUACACAAUCUGUAUCAUCCAAACACUCUUAAUAAUCCAUCAAAUUAGGAUACAAUUGUUUUGGAUCUAGAUCUAAAAGAUUUUAAGAAUAAAAAGUUCAAUAUCAGAUAGGACCAGGAGAGUAUUAAUUAGAUACAGAAACAGUAAAAUAUAACAUCGUUUAACCUCCAUUUUAUUCAUCAAAUACACGAUUUGAAGAGAAAUUCUUGGGUCAAUUGCCAGGCCCAUAAACGUAUGAUCCAAAAAUAACUGUAUGCAUUUAUUACUAAUUUCUCUUAGUUAGCAGAUAAAUUAAUGAAGAAAUUAGAACGAACUCCAAUAGGGAAUUUUGGAAUAAAUGAAUCAAGAUACAAGGAAGAAUAUCAUCAAGUGCCAGGACCAGGAACUUAUGAAAUAAAUAAUAAAGUAUAAAAAGGGAUCAAUUCAAUUUUUAAAUCAAAAACUGACAGGAAUAAUUCUCUUAAAUAGAAAACUGACAAUUUUCCAGCUCCAGGAACUUAUAAUGUUUAAAUUAAUACAAUAUAGCAUGAGAUCAAAAAAAACCAUGAAGAAAAUCAAGAAAUCAAACAAUAGAAACAAGCAUUUGGUUCAUCUAUGCCCAGAUUUAUCAGUAGGAAAAAUAUACAAGAAAGAGUGCAAUAAGAGUUUGAAGAAGAAGAAGAAGAAGAAGAGGAAAUAUAAAAAUUACAUAAUUCAUCUGGGUUAUUUAAAAAAAGUAAGAAUGUCUAAGCCUCUUUCAAUGUUAGGGUAAGAAUACUUUAUAAGUUUAGGAAAAUAGAUUUCAAACUAAAAAGAAAGAUACAUAUAAAUUAGGUCCUGGAGAAUACUAUAGUCCAAAUAGUAGUAAGUGGGAGAAAACAAGUUUUAAUAUAUUAUUUUAAAAAAUAUGA